CACAACUCUCUGCACUAUUAGCCUACAAUGAUCUGUCCAUCCAUAAUGUUCAUGUGAUCAUGAUGGAACUGAAACAGUGUCAGUGUAACAUUUAAAGUCACUUCCUGCUUCCACAGACAGCUGACAUGUAUUUGUCAGUGUGUUUGAUCAUUAAUAGGACAAAGUUAUGAACUAUUUCAAUCUAAAGGAGUCACAGCAGCAGCUCUGAUGGGAAGUCUGGCUAAACUGCACCAUGAGCCUCGGCCAUCAACAGCGUGUUUGCUGCCACCACAAAAACGUGACUUUAUUCCAAAGUCAUCAACAGCACAUGCUUGUUUUUACACGGAGUCCCUGAACAAACAUGUGGGCCAGCUGGAAAACGGCUUUUGAUGGAGCUGUGAUGCAUUUGAAAUCAUUUUAGGAGAGAAAUGAGUGGGAAAAGCCGCCGAGCAGCGCUGGCCACGGCGGCAAUAGGUGAGGUUUGGAGGCUCCACAGACAAAAUGCAGAGAGCAUCAGAGCUCUACAUGACUUGAAUAUGAAGAGACACAAGUCCGCUAUCGGCCCCUUCACUGUCAGCCUUCAGCACCUCUCACACAUUUAGUUUGGACUCUUUUAGCAGUCCAGAGAAAACACAAGUUGCACGGCAUCCACACUGCACGGAGGAGCCACGGGCUGGCUUGAGUCUCCACGGUUCUCAUGAUGUGUUUAAGGACAGCCUCCUGCUCGGAGUUCUCCAACAGUCCAGUCACACUCUCGUCUUGUCCUCAGUGAGAAUACAACUACUGUAAUAGAAGAUGGCAGAAGUAGCUCCAGCUCCAGCUCCAGCCGCCGCUGCGCCGCCCAAAGCGGCUAAACCAGCCAAGAAGAAGUCCACCGCACCGAAGAGGAGCGGUCCCAGCGUCAGCGAUCUGAUCAUUAAAGCUGUGGCCGCAUCCAAGGAGCGAGGCGGCGUGUCUACGGCCGCCAUGAAGAAGGCUCUGGCUGCCGGCGGCUACGAUGUGGACAAGAACAAGGCCCGCAUCAAGGUCGCCAUCAAAAAGCUGGUGGCGAAGGGGACCCUGGUUCAGGUCAAGGGGACCGGGGCCUCCGGCUCCUUCAAGAUGAGCAAGAAGGCAGACGCACCCAAGGCCAAGAAGCCAGCGGCCAAGAAAGCUAUUAAAGCUAGGAAGCCCGCAGCCGCCAAGAAGCCUGCAGCCGCCAAGAAGCCCGCAGCCAAGAAAUCUGCAGCGGCCAAGAAGACUGUGGCAGCCAAGAAGGCAGCUUCCCCGAAGAAAGCCGCCAAGAAGGCCACGAAACCCGCAGCGGCCAAGAAAGUAACCAAGAACACCAAGAGCCCUGCAAAGCCCGCAAAGAAGCCUGCAAAGUCCCCCGCUAAACCUAAGGUGGCCAAGAAGGCACCUAAGAAAGUUGCCGCCAAGAAGCCUGCCAAGAAAGCAGCACCCAAGAAGAAUAAAUAUGAGCAGCUACACUGGAAAGAAGUGGCAGCAGCUCCAUCUUUUAUAUCAGUAAGUGUAUUGAAAUCUCAACAUAAUAUAUUAAACUCAACAUUAACUGUAUUUUCUCUCUCCUUUCUCCCCCAACCACUCACUGUGAUGUUCACCAGCUUCAGGGACUGACCAAUCCUGUGCGAGCAACAGCACAGCCUCUUUACAUCGUGGCUGUAAUUAGACCCUUCUGCGUUCGGUGACACUCGACUGUACAGAACUGUGCAGCUGUGAUUGUCUGAAACCACCGUCAAAAGCGAGGUCGAGAGAGGGGUCAGACAGGGCUGCCCUCUUAAUGCUGCCUUGUACAUUUUGGCUAUAAGCCCUUUAAUCAAAAUAAUCAACUCUGAAAGUUUAAUCUCUGGUACAUGUGUGGGUCACGUGCCCAUGUUUACAGCAAUUACUUACGCUGAUGUCGUCACUGUUAUUAUAAAGAACCAAUUGGAAAUGGAUGUUCUAACAAAUCAUUUAAAUCUGUAUGAACUAGCAUCUGGUGCUAAGUUGAAUCAUAGUAAAACAGAGGGAGUUUGGAUAGGAGACGAGAGGGAUAAACCGAACAUUAAUGUUCAAAUUAACCACAAAAUAAAAAUUUUGGGUAUAACAUUCUGUAGUAGUGUUUGUAGUGAAAGAAACUGGGAGCAAAAAUUGACUGAAACCAAAGAAGAAGUAAAAAAAUGGGAAAACCAUUAUAAACCAGUUAUAUAUACCAGUUAUAAAACCAGAAUCAACAUCAUUUAAACUUUCAUCCUGUCCAAACUCGUCUUUCUGGCUAACAUCUUUCCUCCGUCAGAGAAAAUGAUUAUGAAAUUAAAUAAACAGUGUGUUAAUCUAGUGUGGGGUACAACCAGAGAGGUCACUAAAAGAGAAAUAAUGUAUAAAGGUAAGGAAUAUGGGGGUUUUGGGGGCUGUGGAUCUGGGCAUUAAAUUAAAGGUCGCUUUUGUUAGAAAUGUAUCUGCUGCAUUCCUCAGAAACGCUCUCUGGAUAGGGAACAGAUCACUGUGGAGAGAAAGGAGAGGGAGAGACAGAACUGGCCCAUAUUAUAAAUUAUUAUAUGCUGAUUAUCUAAUGGAACACCAACAUUUAAAUAUUGAUUGGUGUAGUUCAUCCAGCAAACAUAUUUUUAAUACAAUUAAUGAUUAUAAAUAUGGAGGCCUUAUAAAAUAUAAACACAUAUCUGAUAAUUAUAGCAAUGAAGUGAUAAAUAUAUUAAAAAAUAUAAAUCCAUGUCAGAGAGCAUCAGAGACAACAGAUGGCUGACAUCAGUGGGCAGACUCCCAGUGAGAGCAGUUGUUUCAUGGAGUUGUUACGUUACCACCAAAAUAUGUCCAAUGAUCAACUGCUCUGAGCCUGAAACUCAAGAACAUCUGCUAAUGAACUGUUACAGAGCCCAAGAGGUGUGGAGCAUUUUAAAAGGUCUGGGUGUGAAUUUUAAAAUAUGCUACAAAUCUGUUAUGUAUGGACUUUUGGAUGAGAAGAUGCCCCCGAAACACAAAGAGCUGUUUCAAAUGAUCAUCAGUGUAGUUUGUGUUAAAAUAUGGAAAACAAGAUGUGCCAUGACUCUAUAUCAGACUGUCAUAGACAGCAACAUGGUCGUGAGGCAGGUACUCACAGACCUCCGGAGGAGGAAAACAAUGGACAAAUCUAAGUGCCUCCCCUGGCACCUCUUGGAACUGUAACUCUGACUAAAGGACACUUCCCAUCCUUUUGGUUGUAUUGUUGUCAUGUAUUGUCUUAUCUAAUUUGUAUGCUGAUAAAU